UGUUGAGUGUUUUCGCGAACAUCAAUGAGGACACAAUGGUUGUCGAGAAGAUCAUGACCUCUCGAUUGGGCCAAAGAGAGCUGGAGUACGAACCCCACGAACUGUUGGGCACAGAACCCAAACCACAACACAUAGAAGUUGAGGAAUUCUACGUUAAAUAUAAGAAUUUAUCGUAUUUUCAUUGCGAAUGGAAAACAGAGGAGGAGUUGGAGAAAGGAGACCGACGUAUCGGACAGAAGAUUAAACGAUUUCGACAAAAGAAAGACACGUUAAAUAUGUUUGACUUUUUGGAUGAAGAGCCAUAUAAUCCCGAUUAUAUAGAAGUCGAUCGUAUUCUUGAUGUCAAUGAAAUCGAAGAGAUUAUUGAAACCAGAAAAGUGAAGCACUAUUUGGUCAAAUGGCGAGCUCUGGCCUAUGAGGACAGUACGUGGGAACUCGCAGACGAUUUGGAUCCCAUCAAAAUCGAACAGUUCUAUAAAUUCCGAAAACCUCCGCCAAAGAACGAAUGGAAACCAAAGAGAAGACCAAAACCGGCCGAUUGGAAGAAGAUUGAAGAGUCGCCCGUUUAUAAGGGAAACAAUACUCUUAGAGAAUAUCAAUUGGAAGGCCUUAAUUGGCUUAACUUCUGUUGGCAUAACAACCAAAACUGCAUUUUGGCCGAUGAGAUGGGUUUAGGAAAAACGAUUCAAUCGUUGGCUUUCGUGAACGAAGUGACAAACAGUGGAAUUCCUGGUCCUUACCUAAUAAUAGCUCCGCUCUCAACGAUCGGCAAUUGGCAGCGAGAGUUUGAGACGUGGACUGACCUCAAUGUGAUUACAUAUCACGGAAGUUCUGCCUCUCGUAAUAUGCUUCAGGAAUACGAAAUGUAUUACAAAAACGACAAAAAUGAGAGAAUCAAUGGAAUCUUCAAAUUCCAAGUUAUGAUCACUACUUUUGAAAUAGUAUUAACCGAUUGUCUAGAAUUACGAGAAAUCCAUUGGAGGGCUUGUAUUAUAGACGAAGCGCAUCGACUUAAGAACAGAAACUGCAAACUGUUAGAGGGUUUGCGUCUCUUAGACGUCGAGCAAAGGGUUCUUCUGACGGGAACUCCGCUCCAAAACAAUGUCGAAGAGUUGUUUAGUUUACUUAAUUUUCUGGAACCGACACAAUUCACGUCCAAUGAGAGCUUUAUGUUAGAGUUUGGAGACCUCAAGACUGAGACACAGGUGGAUAAACUCAAAGCUAUUCUCAAGCCUAUGAUGUUGAGGCGACUCAAGGAAGACGUCGAGAAAAGUCUGGCGCCUAAAGAAGAGACUAUAGUUGAGGUCGAGUUGACAAACGUUCAGAAGAAGUAUUAUCGAGCGAUUCUGGAGAGAAAUUUUCAAUUCUUAAGCAAAGGCGGAACCUAUGCUAAUAUGCCUAACCUUAUGAACACAAUGAUGGAGUUGAGAAAGUGUUGUAUUCAUCCCUUUUUAAUCAAUGGCGCCGAAGAGCAGAUAAUGCAUGAGUUUCGCGAACAACACAAAACCGAAGAGCCGACUGUUGGCGCUAUUGUGAGCGCAUCCGGAAAACUCGUACUCAUUGACAAAUUAUUACCACGACUUAAAGAUAACGGACAUCGAGUACUUAUAUUCUCGCAAAUGGUUCGCUGUCUCGACAUUCUCGAAGACUAUUUGGUGCAAAAGCGCUAUCCAUACGAACGAAUUGACGGCAGAGUACGCGGUAAUCUCCGUCAGGCGGCUAUCGAUCGAUUCUGUAAACCAGAUUCCGAUAGAUUUGUCUUUCUGUUGUGCACGAGAGCCGGUGGUCUGGGAAUCAAUUUAACCGCAGCCGACACUGUAAUCAUCUUCGACUCGGAUUGGAAUCCGCAGAACGAUCUUCAGGCACAGGCGCGCUGUCACCGAAUCGGCCAAUCAAAGGCCGUCAAAGUAUACCGACUUAUCUGUCGAAACACAUACGAGAGAGAAAUGUUCGACAAAGCGAGCCUUAAGUUAGGUUUGGAUCGAGCGGUCCUCCAAUCGAUGAACACAUCCAAAGCUGGCGGUGUAGACAACGCCGCGAUGUCCAAGAAAGAGAUCGAAGACUUGCUGCGAAAGGGCGCCUACGGAGCACUCAUGGAAGACGAUAACGCCGGCGACUCCUUUUGCGAGGAGGAUAUCGAACAGAUUCUUCAGCGCCGAACGCAAACCAUUAUCAUUGAAAGCGAGGGCAAGGGAUCUACUUUCUCGAAGGCCUCAUUCGCUUCGUCCAGCAAUCGGUCGGACAUCGAAGUCGAUGACCCGAACUUCUGGGAGAAGUGGGCGAAGAAAGCGAAUUUCGAUGUCGACGAACUCAAAGGCCGGAACGAACUCAUAGUUCAGGAGCCCCGACGACGAACGCAAACGAAGCGUUUUGGCGCCGACGACGCCGUUCUCGAUAUGUCUGAACUGGAGUCCAGCGAUGAGGACGACGACUCGGUCUCUAUGCGAACGCGCGGCGGAAGGAAUUCCCGAUUACCUAAAGGAAAGAAAGGCAAGAAAGGCCGCGGAGGAGGCUAUGAACGGGAGAGAGACGAGGACUAUAUGCAAGAGUUCGGUCCGGGAAACUGGACUCGAGCCGAGUGUUACAAAGUGGAGAAGGGUUUGCUUACGUUCGGUUGGGGCCGUUGGUCCGAGUGUCUGAUUCUCGGCAACUUUAGACGUCAAUUGAGUCGUUUGGAUGUCGAGGGCAUCUCCAGAGUGCUGUUACUCUACGCGCUUCAGAACUAUAAGGGCGACGAAAAGAUCAAAGCAUUCAUUUGGGAUCUCAUCACUCCUAACGAAGACGGAGGCGAUAAUCGCAUUCAUCGCAACCACUCGGGACUGAACGCUCCCGUCCCGCGCGGCCGCAAGAAUAAGAAGAUGAAAAUGAAAACCGUUGGCGAAGAACUAGAGGUCUCCGACUGGGCUAAGGAUGACAAAUAUAAUCCCGAUGUUCUCCUCACGGACGACAUGUACCGCAAACAUCUGCACCGACACGCAAACAAAAUUCUACUUCGAGUCCGACUUCUAUAUUAUCUGAAACACGAGAUAAUCGGUUUGUUUCACGAACAAGUCUUUAACGGAUGUGUGGCUCGCGAUAUACCGAUCCCUCCGCCGGCAGCCGAUGGCGAUCCGCCCGCCCAUUGGUGGGACGAAGACGCCGAUAAGUCUCUUCUGGUCGGUGUGUAUAAACACGGUUACGAUCGGUUCAAUUUGAUGAGACAGGACCCGGCGCUCAGUUUCCUUGUGCGGUGCGGUCCGCCCGACGGCGCGGCCCUAUUGGCCGAAAUGAAUUCAGACGAAGACUUGGGUAAAACUCUGGAGGAAGAGGACGAACCGGAAACGCCCGCCACUCCGGCCACUCCUCUCAGCGAAAGCGAUACUACGGUUAAGAAAUUGGAAAAAUCCGAUUCAAAAGAAGAUCAAGAUUUGAACGAUCCGUCCAGUAAUUUGCUUCCCUUCCCGUCUGCCGCUGAUAUGAACCAUCGGUUGCGUCGAGUUGUGACCAGUUAUCAGAGGAAUUUCAAGAAACAAGAGAUGAAAAUAGCCCAAAGAGCGCGACACCAGCAAAGGCUUGAGAGACUCGAGCGGUUUGAAGCGGCCAUCAAAGAGAGGGAACUCAAAAAGAGAGAUUUGGCCCAAAAGAAAUGGUCGCGCAGAGAAGAGGCUGACUUUUACCGCGUUGUGUCUUCUUUUGGUGUCGAAUAUAACCGAAUCGAUGACUCGUAUGAUUGGACGCGAUUCCGAUCGUUCGGCAAAUUAGAGCGAAAGCUCGACGAAACUCUGACCGAAUAUUUCAAAGCCUUUUACGCGAUGUGUAAACGCGUUAACGGAAGGCGUCUGACCGAUGAGGAAGAGAACCUUCCCAUUAGUGUUGAUCCCAUCUCUGAGGAGAGAGCGAGUCGUUGUUUAGCGCGAAUCGAUUUGUUGAGUAAAAUCAGAGAAGAGAUUCUGACGCAUCCGGAACUCGAGGAGAGGCUCCAAUUGUGUCAGCACUCCAUGGAUUUGCCCGAUUGGUGGGUCUGCGGAAAGCACGACAAAGAUCUGAUGGUCGGCGCCGCCAAAUAUGGUCUCAAUAGACUUGACUUCAAUUUGGCAAACGAUCCCGAAUUGUCUUUCAUUGACAUCUUUAGUAAAUUCGAGUCAAAUGAAGACAAAAAGUCUGAUAUAAUUGACACCAAAUCUGAAGCAAAACCCAAUGACUCUGAAGUGACAAAUGAAUUGAAUUUAAUUAAAGAUGAAAUUAAAUCUGAAGACAAAACCGACGAGAAAAUUGACGAUAAGAUUAAUAUUAAAAGUGAAGAUAAAACUGACAUUAAAUCUGAUGAAGACAUUAAGGAAUCAAAUGACGAUAAAAAUAAAGAUAAAAUGGACGACGAAAACAAUGAAAAAGAGAUAACUGACGACAAAAUGGAUGAUAAAUCCGAUAACAAAGUCGAAGAUUUAUCUCAUGACAAAACCAGUGAAUUGGAGACUAAAUUAGAUAAAAAUGAUGAAAAGUCUGAUAUUAUAAGUGAAAAGAAAAGUGACUCCGAAUUUAAAGAAGAGGCGAAGGAAAAUACUACAGAAGUGACCGUUGAUAAGGCCGAAGAAACGGCUGACGCGGACCACAAUUCUUUGAAAACCGAAUCCAAAUCAGAAGAUAAAACCGAAAAAGAUAUGGCUUUAAAAGCUUUGUUAGAUAAAGACAUUGAUCCGAAAGAAGAGAAAAUGGAUACCGACUCGAAUGAUAACGAGAAAUCAGACAUACCAUUGGAUCCGUUCUCUCCACGAGAAGUAGAGAAAUGCGUAGAAGUGGUGAAGCAUUUGGUGGAGAAAGUGGAGGAAAAAAUAGAAAACGAAAAGUCAAUAGAGAAUAAAGAAAUCAAAUCUGAAGAGACAUUAGAAGACAUUAAAUCUGUUGCCACUGAAGACGAUGUAAAAUCCGAAGAUAAAGUGGAUAAAGAAUCUGAUAUUAAACUAGAAUUAGAAUCAGCUUCUAUUGUGACCGACAGAGACGUUACGAUUACGCCGUCGUCGACACCACAGCCGCAAUCAUCUCAACUCAAGAGUUGUAUACGAUUUCCCAAAGACCGUGUCUUACAGAUGAGAUUAGAACAAAUCUGUCACACCAUCGAGAAGAAUGAGUGGCCAUCUCUUCGCCAUUCGUUCUUUUCUCUUAUCUCAUGUCCACAUCAAUCGACUCCGAGUGUGGCCACUGCUGACAGCUCUCCGCGACCAUUAUCUCCGUGCAGUCUGUCGAGUGCCAGUCGAGAACCGACUCCACAUCCGACUCCUGAGCAAACUCCACGACGAGAGGCUCUGUCACCGCUUCCGGACUUCUUCUACGCCGAGAAUGCGGUGCAGAUGAACGACGCGGCCAGUCGUCGGCGUAGACGCAGACGUCGGCGCUUUGAAGUCGAAGCCGAGAGACAGAAAUUGCGAAAUUUAUUGUCACAGACUAUUGAACAGCAACAACAACAACAACAACAGUUGACUCAACAGUUGACUCAACAACAUUCGUCUUCAAACUCCAAAAAAUCUCAACAACAGUCUCUUCUGUCCAACAAUUCGUCUCAAUUCCUGCCGCCGUUAUUCUCACUUCCAUUUGCUAAUCUUCGGUCCGCUAUUAGGGAUGAGCUGAUGACCGACGAGAAGACAGCGUCGCUAUUGUUGGGUUCGACCCUCCAAUCAUCUCUGGCAGCGGCCGCGGCGGCCAGUGUUCAGCAACAGUCUGCCGCUUCGAACCACAGUUCGUCAUCGAGUUCUAAGGGUCCGCCACCCGCUCACCAGAACUCUUCGGCCCGAAACAACCCUACAAUGGGAACGUUAGACCUGACGGGAAGGUUUAAGUCGACGCCCAAAAUGGCGACGCCUCCCGCGCCCGCUCACAAAGUGGCGCCGCCCGAGAGCCGUAAGGGACUGCCGCACGACGUGUUGGACUUGAGUUCAGUUCCGUGUAAACGCACUCGCGGUCACUCUCCGGCCAAAAAGGUUCAGCAACAGCCGCCAGAGCCCACUCCUAUGCCCGUCGCGGCUAAUCCGCCCUCAAAGAGGAGUUCCCGAAAGAUUGGUUCCCGAAUCGACGCAUUGGCUCUCAAUCUUCAGGCAAAGAAAAUGAUGGAAGAGAAACAAAGCGAUCCAAAAGUGGAUAAACUUGAAUCCACUCUUUCGGCUCUGGAGAGGAAACAGGCGUCUCAUUUCAUGGACGAACUCAACAAACAUUCACAGCUUCUUCACAAUAAGACCCCACCGGCCGCUCAUUCCAAGACCUCCUCCUCCUCUUCCAAACUGAAUGACUCGCUAUUGAGCGCCAAAUUGAAUGCACACUUCAGUUCGUUGGACGCGUCCAAACUGCCGCCCUCUAAGGCCAACGAGGCGUCCACUAUCGCAGAACAGGUGGCUAUCAUUAGACAAAACUUGCGGAAUCUAUUCGAAGAUCAUCCAGAGUUUAUCGCUCAGAACCCGAGUAUGGCAUCAAUGGUGGCCGCGUCGGCCGCCAAUGUCUUCAAUCCUAAUCUCAAUAUGAACUCAAUAUCUUCUUCAAUGCCCGCAAAUACCGAGUUAUUAGAACUUCCAGACAGUAGACGAAGUAGGAGUAGCCGCCGCUCACGUGUCGAUCCCUCACAACUGGAUUUGCAACACUUGACGGGAGAGGAGAACGUAUCAGUCAUUAACAGAACGACCGGCAAAAAAAUAACGGGCUCAAAAGCCCCGCCUCUUAAACAUUUGGCUGAAUGGCUCGAUAAGAACCCUAAGUUCGACGUCGACCCCAAAUGGAGUCCUCUCGUCAAUAAGGAAAAGGCGGCCACUUUUAAGACACCCUCAUCUGUACCUACUAUUGGUGUGAGAACUCGAACCAGUGAUAAACGGAGUUCAAGUAGUUCUUCAAAUUCGAGUCUAACGGCUCUCGCAAACAACCUCUUGAACAACAGUUCCGGUAAUUUAGGCUCCGGUAGUAAUAACAGCGGAUCGAGCAGUAGUUCCAGGCGUUCGACGGCUGCGUCUCUAUUGGCCAGCGGUUACGGAAACGCUUUUGGAAACCCGACCGUCACGUCCAGUGGUCUGAGUUACCCGUCGUCGGCGGCGCUCAACUCAUUCAACGCCAGUAUGUUAGCGGCCGGCUUCCCAUCUAUGAAAAUGUUUAUGGACCAGACGGCCGGCUCCACCACUGCCUCGUCUCACACCACAACAUCUCACACUAAGUCUACUUCGAGUGCGACCUCUUCUGCAAACACGUCGACCACCACUUCGACAACUCCCACAUCGAGUGCUCCGCCGAUGUUCUUCCCAUUCGGAGGUCUCGCGGGAAUGGGUUUAGCGAAUCCACUCUUUGGAUUCCCGAGCUUUAAUCUGCCCGGACUUACACCCAAUUCCAAUGCUAUGACCGGAACUACAUAUUCGGAUAAGAAAGACUCGGACAGCGGUUCCACGAAUGAGAAGUCCAAAAGAUCGAGUUCCAAAAAUAAGAGUAGUCUCAACUCAAGCGGACUAUUGAGCCAAUCGGCGGCGGCGUCAGCCCUGGGCUCGGGAGCGCUUCCAUUCUUAUAUCCGUCGCCAAACUUUCUUUACAAUCCCUUAAGUUUGAGCGGAUUUUCCGGAUUAAGCGGUUCUCCAUUCGGUUUACCGGGACUUAUGAAUGGUUUGGGAGGUCUGAACACCACAGCGAUGGGUGGCUUCAGUACUAAUACCACGAACUCGUCAUCUCAUAUGAAAACGAAAACAUCUUCGAGUAAAUCAUCAAAACUGUCGCACAGUUCCAGUGUUAGUAGUGCUCCGUCGGGACUCUCGUUGGCCAGUAGUUUGUUAGCGAGCGCUGGCGUUCACCCAUCGAGUGCUGCCGCGGCCGCCGCUAUCGGCGACUCCGACGACGACAGUCUAAAGUCUCUAAUGGAUAACAACGAUGACGACGACCUGAACGGAGAUUACGACGACAAAGACCUAAUGGACACAUCAGACUAUGAAACAGAAUCAAAGAGUGCCUCCAAUCGCAAGAAGACAUCAGUGAACAAGUCUUCAAAAGAUCUAACGAAAGGCCGAACGAAAGGCAACUCUAAUUCUACCUCAAAAGUGUCGCCCAAUUGAUGAACCGAUUGAUUAAUUAAAUAUUUUAGCAAAAAAUUGUGAUAUUUUUAAAGGCAAUUAAUCCUUGACUUUAAAGCUAACUAUACAUACAAUUGACUAAUGAAUCGCUGCUUAAACUCUAAAUUAUUAGAUGUAUUACUGGUUUUGAAUUCCGAUUAUCCGACAAAAUAAUGACUGCAUUUAUUCGCUGCGAAAAAAAGUAUAACUUUUAUCAUAAAAAUUCAAACAAAACAAAAUAACUUAUACUACAAAUCGUGAUAUAAAUUAUUGAAAAAAUAGUGUUUCAAAUAUGAAUUGAACUAAAAAUACUGACAAAAAAAUUGUGAGUAAAAACAAAUUGAUACACAAAACUGCUGCUGUGCUUAACAUGUAUUUGAAUGGACAAUAUGUUGAAAAAGAAAUCAUUACUUCAUUAUAUAAUUGUACAUAACUUUUAUAUUCGUCAUUAUUAUUAUUAUUAAUUAUUAUAUAAUUUAGAAGAAAAAAUUGUUCAGUUUUAUUAGAGCACCGAAAAUAUUUUCACCACUUAUUAUGUCUACAAACAAACAAAAACUGAUAAUUCUUUACAAAAACUUUAUUAUUUGACAAAACAAAUUGGCUAUAAUUGUAAUAUUGUUGUUAUACUAUUCAUACCAUACUUUUCUCUCUAUCUCUCAGUUUUCUUGUCUCCAAUUUUCUAAACAAAGAACUAAUCAAAUGCUGAGCUUUUUAUAUAUUAAUUAAUGAAUUAUUAGUUUAUUUAUAUUUAUUAUUACUUUUUGUCUGAGUUUAGCGAAUAUUUCCUAAAAAACUGAAUGUCAUUCACAACACAAACACGAUUAUGAAAAAAACAGUCAAAACUUUACUUUUAUUCUCUGUCUCUCCUUCUCUUCUCAUCAUUUAAUUGAUUACUAUUUGGAGUUUAAAAGCUGUGCUUAAACUUAAAAUGAAAUAUACAAUAAUUGUUUAGACUAUUAUUGUUUAUAUUGUAAAUCAAUAUUAAAACAAUUAAUUAUUGGUACAGUAUUUUACAUUCCCUUCAAAUUUUAUACUCAAACAAAAAGAUUGUCAUUGUUUUGGACGAAACGUAAAACACUCGCGCUUUCAAUUGAAUUGUCAGUUAAUAGUGAAAGAAAUUACUUUUUAUUGAACGCCAGUAGCCAUCAAAUCGAGUGAUUUAUUAUUUUAUGAUUUAUAUCAAUAAUUAGAUAUUGUUUUUAGAAAUUAUUUUGUAUGAAAAGACUACUUAAUUAUUUUAUUUUUUAGAAUUAACUUUUUUUGAUUUUAUAUAUUUGACUCAUUAUUAUAAUUAUAUCUAAAAUUAUAUUUAAAUUAAAAACUAUAGUUGAGAUCUUCCUUAACAACAACCAAACGUAUAGUGCCUUUCAUUGCGAAACAAUUGCUACUGAACUCUAAAACUGGGACUCAUUAUUAUUAUGAAUGACUUUUCUAAUCCUUUUUCUAAAUUAUUUCCUAAAUUCAUAUGAAUUUUGUGUAUAAAAUGCGCGAAAACAGCUCAAGAACUCCAAAAAUCCUUUUUUUAUUUAAUUUUUGAUAUUAUUCUCCAAAAAACUAUCUCAUUGUCUAAUGUUUUUAUAAUUCACACACUUUUCUGCCCACAAAUCUAUGGAUAGGACUUUCUUUGUGUUCAUAAAACAACAUAAUAACAGACAAAAUACCAAAAAUUAAUUAAUAGACGACUUCUUUUUGUUUCGUGUGUAUAUUUAUUAAUUAAUUCCUGUUUUAAAUAUUUUGGACUUAAAAACCAAUUAAUGAAUUUACUGUCGAACAGUAUUGUAAAGGGUAUAUAACUAUGGUUUUCACAAAUCAUCAUUAAUUAUGAAAAUACAAAUUCAUUUCAAAACCAUCAAAAAAUAAAUAACAAAAUUAAUAACUAUUUAUUUGAAAAAAGUGUUAUAAUUAUAUACAAAAAGUAUAUAUAUAUAAAUAUGAAUAGUCUGUCAUUACAACAAAAACAAUUGAAUGUCUUGUAAUUGUCUGGUGUUUUGGCCAUUUCUAUCUCAUUCCCGAUCAUAAGAGCCGUCGCACCGGACAGUGAAAAGGCGUUUCGAUUAUAUAAUUAUUUAAUAUCUCUUUAAUACUUUCAUGAAAUCAUUUUUUGAUUGACACAAAGAAAAUCCAUUGAGAAAUCAUCUCUUUUAUUGUGAAAGCGGUGUUAUUACUAAAUAAAAAUAAAUAAAUUUAAAAACAAAUACAAUUCAAUAUUAUUAUUACUAUAAAACUACUGUAUUAGACGACUAAAUGGAAAACCUAAACAAAAUGCUAAAUUAUAAAUGAAUUUUUGAAUUGAUAAAAACCAUACAAAAAUCUGUGUAUAAAAAUCGGAACUUUUAUUGGAUUUUUAAAUUAAUUAAAACAAAAAAAGUUUUAGUCAACUUUUUUGGAAACUAUAGAC